GCGCACUGGUCCUCAUAGUGGGAUGAACUCUGAGAACGCGCGCGUGCACCGAGCCGCUCGAGUGAUCAAGACAAGACGAGGACACCGGAGUGAUCAGGCUUCCAAAAAAUGGGCCCUAGCAGCCGAUUACAGCUCCUCCUAGCCAUCUUGGUCAGUCAAGUGGACUGCACUUUUGCUGCACAGGAGAUCCAGGCUAAUCAGGAAACCCUCGUGAAGAUCAGUGCUGCAGGGGAAAUGAUGAGGUGUUCUGCAGCUAUAGAUGUCCUCUUUUUGAUGGACGGCUCAUACAGUGUUGGGAAGGGCAGCUUCGAGAGGUCCCGUCAUUGUGUACUGAAACUGUGUGAGGCUCUGGACAUCGACCCAGACACGGUGAGAGUCGGAGUCAUUCAGUUUGGUUCGACUCCCAGGAUGGAAAUCUCACUCGGCUCCUACAGCAGCAGAGAGGAACUGACCAAACACAUCAAGAAAAUCCAGUACAGAGGAGGGAGCACACAAAGCGGUUUGGCUUUCAAGUAUGUUGUGAGGAAGGGGUUCCUCGGCGGUCGGAAUUCCCCCGUGCCUCGCAUCGUCAUCCUCCUGUCUGAUGGAAAGUCCCAGGGUGCAGUGCAGCCGGCUGCCUCUGAACUCAAGCAGUCUGGAGUGAUCUUGUUUGCCGUGGGCCUGCGUUAUCCAAGAUGGGAAGAGCUCUACUCUCUGGCCAGUGCUCCCACAGAGAGCCAUGUGUUUUUUGCAGAGCAUUUCAGUGAUAUUGUAAAUGGACUAUACACAAGCCUCACCACCUCCUCCAUCUGCAGUGCUGUCCCCCCAGGCUGUCAGGUGGAAUCCUUACCUUGUGUACGGAAGACCAUGGAGACCAUCAAAGAAUUGCAGGGCAACUUCAUGUGCUGGAAGGGAUCGAAGAGCAGCUUACCAUACACAUCGCUAUGUCCCUAUUACAGAUAUACCAGUGCUUACAAAGUACUCCCUACAGUAUGUCACAGAACAGUAUGCUCAGAUCCUUGUGAUUCCCAGCCAUGUCAGAAUGGAGGGACGUGUGUGUCUGAAGGGCUGGAGAAAUACCAUUGUCAGUGUCCUCCAGGCUAUGGAAGUGACCCCAACUGUGCUCCUGUGCUGUCUUUGGACUGCUCUGUGGAUGUGCUUUUCCUGAUUGAAAGCUCUACCAGCCUGACUCAUGAGGGGUUCCUUCGCUUCAAGUCCUUCCUGAAGCGUUUUGUCCAGACAGUUCUGAGUUCAGACACUCCUGUGAAGAUUGGUCUGGCUCAGUAUAGCAGCGAUGUAAAGGUUGAAGCUAAGAUUGGGCAGCACCGAGACCCAGUGAAGCUGCUCCAGGCUGUGGAGUCUCUCCAGUACCAAAAAGGAGAAGCUAAAACUGGACAUGCACUACGCUAUAUCACACGACAAGGCUUCCAAAGUGCCCCUGUGUAUGCUGAUGUUCAAGAUGACCUGCCUCGUGUCGUUGUGCUCAUCACUGGCACUCCGUCCGCUGAUGCUGUUGUGGAGUCUGCUAAAUAUGCAAGAGACAGAGAGAUCUUUAUUAUUGGCUUGGGGCCUGAUAGGAUGAAGGCUGAGAUCAACAACAUCACAGGAAACCCGCAGCGCACCAUCACUUACAGUUUACCUGACAGACUGAAUUCAAAGAUCCCAGACCUCAGAGCCAAGAUCUGCAGUGUGGACAGCCAGGGGUGUCUGGGUCAGGCAGUGGACCUGGUCUUUGUUCUGGAUGGCUCAGGAAGUGUUGGGAAGGACAACUUUGUUCACCUGAAGGAAUUUGUACGCAGUGCCUCUGUGCAGUUUGACAUAAACCGUGACCUGACUCAGGUAGGGCUGGUGGUGUAUAGCCGGCAGCCUGUCUUCGUGUUUGAGCUGGACUCUCAUGCUUCAGGGUCUGCUGUGCUCAAAGCCUUGGGAGAGGCAUCUUAUUUAGGUGGAAUGGCCUCCACUGGGUCAGCUCUGCUCCAUGUGCACUCUCAUAGUCUGACUGUGGCCAAAGGGGCACGGCCGGGUGUCAACAAGGUCAUAGUCGUGCUGACUGAUGGCACAGGGGACGAGGAUGCAGCAGUACCAGCUCAGAAGAUCCGGGACGAUGGCGUGUCUGUGUUCGUGAUUGGCACUGGAGAUGUGCAGCGUGAGCAUCUCCUGCGUAUUGCUGGCUCUGAGGAUCACAUUAUCACUGUGCCCUUCUAUGAGGACCUGAAGUACUUUGAUGAUGUCCUGGUGCAGAUGGUGUGUGCAGAUGUGAAGAAGCCUGUGAAUCUGUGCAAGCCCAACCCCUGUAUGAAUGAUGGAGUGUGUAUCCUACGGAACAGAAGUUAUCGCUGUGAAUGCCGGGGAUGGGAGGGACCACACUGCGAGACACGAAGCAGGCAGCAGCCCUCCAGAGGAGAUCUCCCGAGGCCUGCAGGAUUGAGACGCCGCCAAAGGAAGAAUGUUAGAGAACUGCAACAGCGCUACAGAGAACACCGCAGGAGACAUGCAACUAGCUGAUCACACACACACACACACACAGAGUUAAUUCCAUCAUUACUUACUCCUUAGUUUGCUAAACAUGAAAAAAGGGAAAGACAAAAGUAAGGUGUGUGUUUUUUCACCUAAGAAAGGCUUACUGUAAGCUCUCUACUACAGGAAACUGGAGAUAACGGGGAUCUCCAGACUCCCUGCUGCUCCAAUUCAGCACAGACUCUGUUAUCAUUACUCUAGACAACUAAACAUAUCAUUACACCUACAGUGAUGGAGUGGGAGCAGCCAGAACCUUUCUUUUGGUGAAUUUAAAGACAUGUCUUUAUCAAUCCUAUUUAAAACUGCAGCUGUGAUUCAAAACAUUAUUACUGUAACACUCCUGAAUAAACAAAAAAAUCUGAAUAGUCAUUAAGUAGUACAAUAGUGCCUAAUAUUUGUAAUUGUACAUAUUUGCUUCAAGAUCCAUAUACUGAAUGAUUGCCCUUUUAGAUCUAAUUAUGACUUUUAAUUUUUGAUGUUCAGAAACUUUUUGUAACAAAGCUCUGUCUGGAGGUUCGUUUUUACAUAUUUAUUGUAUAAACUUUAGAAAAAGAAUUAAAAUUCCAUUUUUUUUAGUCAGAA